AUGAAGCCCAUGUUUUCUGCUGGCCAGGCCACCUGUUGCACUGUGUUGUCAGUGUUUGGUGUAAUCUUCUUGGGCACGAUGUCCUUUCUCUUCUCUCUACCAGCCGAAUCACUGACACAUACCAUCAAUGAUCCCGAUAAUCCUGCAGAAGUCGCCAAGGCUUGCUUGACCGCAACGUUUUUUUACGCAUUCAUGAUUCUAUUCUGCGGAUGCCAGGUAAACAACUGCAUUUUUUUUUUUUUUUUUUUUUUUUUUUAG